AUGGUACCCGAUGUGGCGGCGCAGCUGAUGAAGGACGGAUACGCAGUGUACGUGGAGAAAGGUGCUGGAGUCUACGCCGGCUUUUCGGACCAGGCAUAUGCUGACAAGGGCUGCCUGCUGGAAUCCAGGGGAAAUGUGAUCGAAAAGUCCCAGGUUCUCUUCGCUCUAGAGGCGCCGGUGCAGGACUUCUCGAUCAUGAAUUGCAAGGUGUUGGUCUCUUGGGUUGGCCGUCUGCAAGACAAGGGCAAGGACAUCAUCCAAAAGGCAAACCAGUACCGCAUCACAGUGAUAGACGUCACUGCGGUCCCUCGCAUCACCAUCGCCCAGAAGCUGGACGUGCUUAGCUCCCAGGCCAAAGUGGCUGGGCACCGGGCCGUGCUGGAAGCGGCACACUCUUACCAGCGCUUCCACACUGCCGAGAUGACGGCGGCAGGCAAAUACCCGCCUGCCCAGACCUUCGUCCUUGGCUGCGGCGUGGCCGGGCUUGCGGCCAUCGGCUCCUCCAAGGCUCUGGGAUCCGUGGUGCGAGCAUGGGACGUGCGAGACGUCUCUGACCAGGUGCACUCCAUGGGCGCAAAGUGGGUGAAGGUGGACUUCAAGGAGGCUGGUGAGGGCCAAGGUGGCUACGCCAAGGAGUCCUCGGACGCUUUCAAGAAGGUGCAGCAGGAGACCUUCAAGCAGGUCCUCAAGGAGUGCGACAUCGCCAUCAGCACUGCCGCCAUUCCGGGGCGCCCGAGCCCCCUCCUCAUCACCAAGGAUGCCGUGGCUGUCAUGAAGCCGGGCAGCGUAGUCGUGGACUUGGCAGCUGUGGGUGGUGGCAACUGUGAGCUGACAAAGCUGAACGAGACCAUCGUCACCCCGAAUGGGGUCACCAUCAUUGGAUAUGCGAACCUGCCAGCGCGCAUGCCUGAACAGGCCAGCGCCAUGUAUGCCCAGAACAUGUCCAACCUCUUGAAGCACAUCCACGACAAAGGCAAGGCAGCCGCGUUGCUGGACAGCCUCUACGGAGCUCUGGACAAGGGCGAGGCUGGUGACAUCGUGUCCCGCAGCAUCGUUUGCUGCCGCGGCGGCAACAAUGUGACGAUGCCUCCACCACCACAGCCCACACCGAUCAAGCCCAAGCCGGUGUCGGCACAAGCGCAGGCCAAGGCCGCAGAGAACCCCAUGAACACAGCUUUAAUCUCGGCCACCGUGCUGACUGUCACUGUCUGCUUCAUGCUAGCUCUGGGCGAAGGUGUUUCUACAUCUUUGCUCUCCACAUUCCUCUUGGCCGGGGCCGCAGGCUACCAGGCAGUCUGGGGCGUGGCCCAUGCACUGCACACGCCGCUGAUGUCGGUGACGAACGCCAUUUCUGGCAUGACAGCCAUCGGCGGUCUCCUUCUGCUUGACCGAGCGUCCUCGUACUCGGCACAACUGCUGGCACUCAUCGCAAUCCUCGUCUCCGCGGUGAACAUCAUCGGCGGCUUCGUCGUCUCGCAGCGCAUGCUCGACCUCUUUAAGAAGCCCGGGGACAAGGACUACUCUCCCUUCAUGCUGCUUCCCGGUUUGGUCUUCCUUUUCGUGAGCUUGACGAGCCCAGAGCUCCUGAAGGCCGUCAGCACGGUGUCUGCUCUGCAGCCAGGCAGCAAGCCACUACCAUAG